AUGAACUCUCAGUCGGUGGCUCUAGCGGCUUACAGAAACGGCUUAAGAGCGACAAAGCUGGCUUUUGGACAAGAUACUCGCAUGCUUUUGGCAGCGAGGUCCCAGAUGAGAAAUGGGAUGAUAAACCCUCCAAACCCUCAAUUGUCAUCAGACCAACAGGUUCAGUACUUAAAUGACGUGGCCCAGUUUCUGAGGCGUAACAUUGUACAAGGAAAGAAGAGCGAAGAUAACAAGUACAGUCUAAACAUCCACGCUGAUACUGAGCUUGGUGACAACGAAUCCUUAAAACUGGCCAAAAAGACACUAGCUUCGCAAAACGGCGGUUGCUGUGGUGGCGGUCAGAAGCUUUACGAUUAA